AGGCCGGAGAUAUGUGGACGGCGAGGCUGCUUGUCUGUUGCCUGCACUGUGUAUAUGCAACUAGUGUCAACAUAUCCACGGAGACAAAACACAUCUUCAUAAACGAGCAGGAAAACAACUGGUGGGAUGCUCGGGAAAACUGUAAGAUGGCGCCGAAGAGAGAUCUGUAUAUUUCUGAUACAGAGUUUCUCCCUCCAGUCGUGGAAAACUCUCUACACAGUAACAAAAGCUAUUGGGUAGGAGCCAUGAGGUAUUCAACAUGGAUAUGGACAGAAGAUGGUACCCCUCUCUACAACUAUGAUGGGUACAGUGCAUCACCCACAACGAGCCCAAACAAUGUGUCCAGUAACUCUGUUUACGAGUGUCAACUUCAUUGUAAAACCAACCGUACAGUGGGCCUGAGCGGGACCAGCUGUUAUUGUCUCGACAAUUCGUAUGAAGUCCCAAAUAUCAGUGCAGCAGGUGAGAUGCAGUGUCCGGGUAACCUGGAUGAAAAAUGUGGCAACCAUGCCGGAAUGUCAGUCUACACACGCGGUACUGGAAACAUUGGGUUUAUUCCGACCAGAAAUCGGAUAUGUGCCUAUUAUGGAAGAAAAAAGGGGAGAUCAACAAUACAACUAGACUUUUCCAACAACUGUAUAGUAAAAAACCGAAGAUUUGCAUAUUAUGCAAACAAUACUUCCCAGAUACAUUGUCCUAGGAGCAUGUGUGUUUCCCUAUCAGAUACAAACCACAAGCAGUCAUGGAUGCAAGCUGAUCACACAAGUGAUUUGAUCAAACUGAACACUUCUACUGCAAGUGAUAUCCUGAAUGAAACUAACUUUUGGAUAGGGCUUGUGUCGAACAUCUCAAGGAAAUGGGUUGAUGGACAAGAGGCCAAUGGAUACGAUGAAUACUUUCCGUUCAUUGUUUCACCAAUAACAACAUGCCUAGCUUUGAUGAACGCUCAUGACACAUGGAGGCCACACUGGGUGCCAUGCGGGUUUCCCCUUGCUUCUAUUUGUGAAGUUUCCAGGACUGAUCCCUCCCAUCCCACCACAGACGUUCCGUCAGCUGUUGACAGUCAGAAGGGUAAGUGGUCACUGCAGAGGAUAACCCUGUCCUAA